AUGUGUGUGCUACUAGUGUUGCCGUUGUUCGCCAUCUCUCUCACGCAACAACAUUUUGGCCUGCCUAGACGUGACUUCUUUUUCAACACCACUCGUCUACCACGUCGGUACUUCAACAUCACCUUCCCCACCGCUGUAGGGCAAGACUACGUUCGUCUCAAAUUGCAUGCAUUCAUAUUUGAGGUGUCGCAUUACUUGAAACCCGAAAAAGGCGACGCCAGUGGUCACUUACGUCAACUCAUGAAUCCAUAUCCUCACAUCCUACUGGAUCCGGGCUACACCUCCACUACCAUCACCUCCUACCAUCCACUCUCCAUUCAGGCGGAGAUCUGCCGCCUAUUUCAGGCUGCACGCCAUCGAAAUCACGAACAUUUGCCAACCAGCAUCUUUGUUGUCAAUGAUAUUGGAAUUAUGGUGAAUAGACAGCGGCAUGAUAGACUACUUCAACUGUUCUUUCAAAUCACCGCAUCCCUUGGAUUGCCCACUCUCACCUGGAUGCCCAAUAGGGUCGGCGAAUUUGAGGUCAUUUGCGAGUCUCACCUUCUUAUCACAGUUGGAGGAUACACAACUGGCGACCCGACUGGAGCCGCUCACGUGGCACGUGGCGAGAGCGUUGGUGGAUUUCUCGCAAGCCUUCAAUUGGAAUGUGAUAAUAUUCCUUUACAACACUCAUGCACCCGGCUCCAGACCGCUGAUAUCAGAGAUGAAAUUCCUUCAGACGGAGAGAGCCAGACAGGAUCAUCCAAAUUAUUACGAGUAGGCUGCAUAAGAAUGCUUCCCUUUUUGUUUGAAAUAGACGCUUUCCUUCCUUUUGAUGGAUUUACAAAUCAAAAAUUUACGGACUGCACCCUACUAAAUAACAAUGGCGUUGUGGAUUGUUUUGGUUCUCUGUUGGAUGCAAUGCAGAAAAUUUGGGAGUCGAUUAGCCGAGUCAUCAUCUUCAAUGGAAAUCGAUAUGAUUUAAAUGCAUUAACGUACAUUGCCGACAUUCUGGAGGGCACCGAGAAUGAACACCUCAACGAAUUGUUUGGCACAGGCUACGUGUGGAUUUUUACACCCUCAACAAUGGCUCAAUUGACAAUUGCUGAUCAGGUUGAGACAGUUAAUCGUGACAACAUUGUCCUCUCGGAGUUUACCAUGUUUAGAAAAAUUCCUGGCAUGUUUGGUCUGAUUUGUCUGAACGAUGCAGACAAUCGGAAGCGUCAUGCAGAGUUGGCUCGUGAGGUGUGGCACAAGUCCCUUAUGGAGUUGGUGAGACAGAUGACUAACCUCUUUCCACCAGUCAAGCCCAUCUCCCUCAACUCCUCCUCUCCCGAAACCAUUGAAUACUAUCGUUCAUUGUUGGAAAAGCUGCGACCGGGAGACCUAUGCGAAAGCAAUGAAAAUGUGGUUUGGCAGUGGGGACGUCGACUAAAUAGCAUCAUGCGAUCCCUAGAAAUGAACUUCGAUGGUGAACCAAUAAGUUUUCUGCCCAACGGAGGUCUGAACGUGUCCAAGUUUUUGAUUUUCAAUUCCAGAACUACCAAUGGUCGAAUGAAUUGGUUUAAGGUAGGCACAUGGUCCAUGAGCAGUAAGUGGGGUCGAAGCAAGUCCCGAUUGUGGAUUGACGGAGUCACCUGGCCAGGCGGUGCCAAUUCGCCACCCAAGGGUAGAGCUCAUCGACGCAAAUUGAAGGCGGUUAUGCUGCAGGAGCAGCCACUGCUCACGUAUGGCAACCUCCAGGAGGAUGGAUCAUGUGACGCCAACUCGGUUCCCUGCUGGAUUCGAGAUGACGGUGAAAGUUCACGCAAGAAAGCCAACUCCGCAGCCUCGAAAAUAAAGUACUUAAAUGGAACCAAAGACGCCUCUUCCAAUGAACAAUCAGAAACUCGACAAGGCAGACAACUUGCCUGUUGUACUGGACUGACAAUGGAUCUCCUAAUUGAGCUCAUGAAGGAUCUCAACUUCGAGGUGGAAUUGUAUGAGGUGAAGGACCGCUUGUGGGGUGGUUGGACUAAUCAGGGCUGGAACGGCUUGGUGCGAGAGUUAAUGGAUCUCAAAGCGGAUAUGGCCAUAACUUCGUUAAAAAUAACUCCAAAUCGCUCCGAACAGAUUGAUUUUAGUGUGCCUUUUCUGGAAACCGGUAUUGCCAUUACCGUGGCCCUAAGGGAAGGGGCCAUUUCACCGACGGCUUUCUUGGAGCCCUAUGACUAUCAGUGCUGGUGCAUCAUACUACUCUUCAGUGUUCACGCCUCAGGUGCUGCCAUCUACCUCUACGAAUGGCUGUCGCCUGUUGGACAGGCUCGUGGACGACUUGUGACUCCAGACGGCCGUAGUGUGGCUACCUUUCUUUCCUACGGUGACGGUGAAGAGUACUGCCCCGAUAGACAGGCUUCUUCCAACUCCAGACCAGAACACCGAUUUACAAUGUGUCGUUCAUUGUGGUUAAUCUGGUCCAUGUUGUUCGGAGCCGCGGUGAAUGCGGACAAUCCCAGAGGCAUGGCCAGUCGUUUUAUGGCCAACAUAUGGGCACUCUUUGCUCUCGUCUUCCUCGCCUCCUACACAGCCAAUUUGGCCGCUUUCAUGAUCUCCAAGGAUGACUUUUACGAUCUCAAGGGCAUCCACGAUUGGAGGCUACAACAACCGUGGAACCACAAACCUCCAUUUCGAUUUGCCACCGUGCCAAGUGGAGCCACAGAGGAGAAUAUCAAAAUUAACUUCCCCGAAAUGGCCGCCUACAUGCACGCUUUCAAUCGGACAACGGUGUUGGAGGGUUUGAAGUCCCUAAAAUCCGAAGAAAUCGACGCCUUCAUUUAUGAUGCCACAGUGCUGGAGUACUGGACAUCAAGGGACGACGGAUGUAAAUUGAAGACGGUAGGCAACCUGUACGCAAUGACAGGAUAUGGCAUCGGCUUUCCCAAGGGUAGUCGAUGGCUACCCAAAAUCAACUCUCGAAUUCUGCACUACCAAAAGAAUGGUAAGUCCUACCAUCAGUCGCUGCUAUGUGCGAGGCUUGAGGGUAAAGCGCUGCGCAUUAGCAUAACUAAGCCGAGCAAAGUAUUUGACAGGCCCAAUGAAGGGGUGAAGGAGAAGCAGGUCAGUUUGAGAGAUGAAAGACGUCGCGAAGAGUGCACCAAUUCAGCCUGUCUAAGCGAACGAUAUCGCAGUCAGCAGGAAAUCGCCAGAUUGUCACGCCACCUUCGACUCUUGCUUGACGAGAUGGCUGCCAAAAAUGAAGGCACUGAAAAUCGACUCGGAAGAAUCGACAUGGCUUUGUUUGUAGAAAUGACGAUAGACUUCCCUCCAGUGCAAAGAAAUCCUCCAUACACUACCGGGGCCUGUACCGUGAUAAAAAUACCUCGAACAUCCUGGUCAAAUGGGAGUUUUUUAAAUCGCAAAAGUUAUCCUCUUCACGCCACACACUCGUCUUCGCAGAACACGCGACUCCCAUCAUCAAUUCGUCACGUUCCCUCAAAGACUCAUUCCAAACUAACGAGAGACUCAGCCGAGGAAACAAAGAUGCAGGCGAAAUUGGAGUCAUGCGGAAAGACUGGAAGAUGCAAAGAACUUACGAAAUUGCCUCAAACCACCACGUCCCAAAGCCCCUCACCAGUGCGACAACCGGACGUAAAAAGUGCGGAGUGCGUCGAAAAAGAGUCUGUUAUUUAG